AUGUCAAUUUUCAACAAUUCCUAUGUGGCCCCAGACUCUUUCAUCUUGAAUGGCAUUCCUGGCCUGGAAGCUGCCCAUAUAUGGAUCUCUCUUCCUCUCUGUGCUAUGUACGCCAUAUCUCUUGUGGGCAACCUGGGCCUUGUGUAUCUCAUCCAGUAUGAAGAGUCGCUUCACCGGCCAAUGUACUUCUUCCUGGCAAUGCUCUCACUCACUGACCUUCUCACUUGCAGUACUACCCUCCCUAAUGCACUGGGCAUCUUCUGGUUUAACUUAAAGGAGAUCAAGUUUGAUGCCUGCCUAGUCCAAAUGUUCUUUGUCCAUGGGUUCAUGGGGGUAGAGUCUGGGGUACUAAUGCUCAUGGUGCUGGACCGCUAUGUGGCUCUCUGCUGCCCCCUCUGCUAUGCCUCUAUCCUCUCCAAUACUAUUAUUGCCAAGGAUGGGCUUGCUACCUUCCUUCGGGGUGUGAUACUCACGAUACCUUUCCCCUUCUUGGUCAAACGUCUACCCUUUUGCCAGAACAAUAUCAUUUCCCACACCUACUGUGACCAUAUGUCUGUGGUGAAGUUAUCUUGUGCCAGCAUUAAGGUGAAUGUUAUCUAUGGUCUAAUGGUUGCCUUCCUAAUUGGUGUGUUUGACAUAUGUUGCAUUUCUGUGUCCUAUACCAUGAUACUGCGAGCUGUGGUGAGUCUGGCAUCUACAGAUGCAAGACAGAAGGCCUUUAGUACCUGCACAGCCCAUAUCUGUGCCAUCAUCAUUACGUAUGUUCCAGCCUUUUACUUCACCCACUGCUUUGGAAGACAUUCUAUUCCUCUAUCCCUCCACAUAAUUGUGGCUAAUCUCUAUCUACUCCUACCCCCAACCCUGAACCCCAUUGUGUAUGGGGUGAAGACCAAGGAGAUCAGAGAUGUCAUCAGGUUCUUCCAUUGUGACAAGGAGGGAAGGUGA